UUUAAGGCAAUUUCACAUUGUUUAUUUUUACAUUGAAAAAUGGCAGUUUGAGAGAGAGAGAGAGUAGCAUAGGAAGGAGCAAGUCGCCUACUUGCAUCAUCUUCUCUCUUCUUCUCUAGAACAACUACUACUACGACUUGGCAAUCGUUGUUGACUAUUCCAAUUUCUUGAAUUAUCUCAAUCGAAGAUGUUUUAUAUAGACAUCGGUAGACCCACAGAUGUCAUCCUCUUCUCAUUCUCGAUUUCUUCCACCCGCCGCCGGUGACCCGAUUCCCACACCAAAUCCAUCGCCAUUUCUUCAGUAAUUAUCAUAUCAACAAUGGGCUCUCCGCCGAUUGCGGCAUCCUCCCUUCACGGCGUCGGUGGUGGUGGAUGGAGAAACAGAAACGGCGGCAGUAAUUUCACCGCCGCAGCCGCCUCCAGCAGCAACGGCGGUGAUUCGCGCUGUCUCUCGUCUCCUUCCGCUUUCUUCCUUGUGGCGUUUGUGUUAUUGGCCUCAAUUGCGUGUAUCUAUUCUCGCUUCUUGCUGACCGCCAACGCCCACGCCUCACUCUCCCCCAUGGGCUGUCGCGAGGACAAUGAGGGAUCUUGGGCCAUCGGCGUCUUCUACGGCGACUCUCCCCUCUCCCUCAGACCAAUUGAAGAUAUGAACAUUUCUAGCGCCAAAGCUGCAGCGUGGCCAGUUGCCAACCCAGUUUUCACUUGCGCUUCUGCUUCUCAGUCUGGUUUUCCCAGUAAUUUUGUUGCCGACCCAUUUCUCUAUGUUAAGGGAGACACUCUUUUCGUAUUCUUUGAGACUAAGAAUGCAAUCAUGAUGCAAGGGGAUAUCGGAGUUGCUAGAAGUAUUGAUAGGGGAGCAACAUGGGAACCAUUGGGAAUUGCAUUGGAUGAAGAUUGGCAUCUCUCCUAUCCGUAUGUCUUCGACUACAAUGGAAAUAUAUAUAUGAUGCCAGAGGGCAGUGCGAAGGGGGACCUUCGUCUUUACCGAGCUGUAAAUUUUCCCACAGAAUGGACACUGGAUAGGGUGAUACUGAAAAAGCCAAUGGUAGACUCUGUCAUAAUUCCACAUGAUGGGAAGUAUUGGCUUUUAGGCUCAGAUCAUAGUGGCAUUGGCGCCCAAAAGAAUGGACAAUUGGAGAUUUGGUAUAGUGCCUCUCCCCUCGGUCCUUGGAGGCGACACAAGAAAUACCCAGUCUAUAACAAAGAUAAAAGCACGGGAGCCCGAAACGGAGGCAGACCAUUUCUGUAUAACGGAAACAUUUACCGUGUUGGCCAAGACUGCGGCAGCACAUAUGGACGCCGGGUCCGUCUUUUCAAAAUAGAGAUUCUCACAACCCGUGAGUUCAAAGAAACAGAAGUUGCAUUGGGAAUUGAGGAGUCUCUUAAGGGACGGAACGCGUGGAAUGGGGCCCGCAAUCACCACCUUGACGUGCAGCAGGUGAGCCCGGGAGAGUGGAUUGCUGUUCUUGAUGGGGACCGCGUCCCUUCAGGAGAUAUGAACCGCCGGUUUGUUCUUGGCUGCGCCUCGAUCUUAGGUGUGGCUGCCCUUGUCAUGCUGUUGGGAAUGAUCCUUGGGACCGUGACGUCUAUUGUGCCCUUAAGUUGGUGCCCACACAACGUGGGAAAGCGAAGUGACUCUUUCUUGACCUGGGAAAAACCAAACUCACUCUCUUCAAAUCUUAGACUCUUCUGCAGCCGGUUGAACCGAGUGAGCUCAUCUCUACACCUCAGAUUAAGACCAAACACAUUCAUGGGGAGCACAGUUCUGUCUUUGACGUUUCUAGCAUCAGCUGUGUUGGUCUGUGCCGGGGUUAGAUACAUAUACGGAGGAAGCGGUGCACAGGAACCUUACCCAUUGAAUGGUCACUAUUCUCAAUUUACGUUACUAACAAUGACAUACGACGCGCGAUUGUGGAAUUUGAAGAUGUAUGUCAAGCACUAUUCGAGGUGUUCCUCGGUGCGUGAGAUUGUGGUCGUGUGGAACAAAGGGACGCCUCCGCAGUUGACCGAGUUUGACUCUGCCGUGCCAGUGAGGAUAAGAGUUGAGGAGGAGAACUCGUUGAACAACCGGUUCAAGGUUGACCCCGACAUAAAGACCCGAGCCGUCCUAGAGCUCGAUGAUGACAUCAUGAUGACUUGCGAUGACGUGGAACGCGGGUUCAAGGUGUGGCGAGAGCACCCGGAUCGGAUCGUGGGGUUUUACCCCCGGCUCGUCGACGGGGAGGCCCCCUUGAAGUAUAGGGCCGAGAAACAUGCCCGAAAGCACCACGGGUACAAUGUGAUUCUGACCGGGGCAGCCUUCGUGGACGGUCAGCUGGCUUUUGAGAGGUACUGGAGUGAGGAAGCUAAGGUAGGGAGGGAAGUGGUGGACAGGCAGUUUAACUGUGAGGAUGUGUUGCUGAACUACUUGUACGCUAACGCGAGCUCCUCCGGGCCCACAGUUGAAUACGUGAGACCCGAUUGGGCAAUCGACACAUCAAAGAUUUCUGGUGUCGCGAUCAGUCGGAACACGAAUGCCCAUUACGGUGUCAGAAGCACAUGUUUGCAAAUGUUUUCAGAGGUUUAUGGGAGUAUAAGUAGCCGGAAGUUGUUUUUCGGCGGCCGGAAAGAUGGCUGGGACAUGUAGUAGCCGCUAGUCCCUAAUAAUGAAUCAAUCCUUGUAAGAUCUUCCUUGAUUGACAUUCUUCGUGAGAUUUCUGUUUGUGUUUAAUUUUAUAUGGUCAAUAGGUAGUUGUGAGAUCAAAAUUGUAAAAUGUACAUUCGGUUUGGCAAAUGUAUCUAAUGUUUGUUUCUUUGGGCUUUAGCAUCGUCCUAUGGAUUUGAAGACAUUGCAAGAAGCAAGUUUUUUU